AUGGUCAGCUCCUGUUGUGGCUCUGUCUGCUCUGAGGAGGGCUGUGGCCAAGGCUGCUGCCAGCCCAGCUGCUGCCAGACUACCUGCUGUAGGACCACCUGCUGCAGGCCCAGCUGCUGUGUGUCCAGCUGCUGCAGGCCCAGCUGCUGUGUGUCUAGCUGCUGCAGGCCCCAGUGCUGCCAGUCUGUGUGCUGCCAGCCCACCUGCUGUCGCCCCAGCUGCUGCAUUUCCAGCUGUUGCAGGCCUUCCUGCUGCCGCCCAAGCUGCUGUGUGUCCAGCUGCUGCAGGCCCCAGUGCUGCCAGUCUGUGUGCUGCCAGCCCACUUGCUGCCGCCCCAGCUGCUGCCGCCCCACCUGUUGCAUUUCCAGCUGUUGCAGGCCUUCUUGCUGCCGCCCCAGCUGCUGUGUGUCCAGCUGCUGCAGGCCCAGCUGCUGCCACCCCACCUGCUGCAGACCCAGCUGUUGCAUUUCUAGCUGCUGCCGCCCCAGCUGCUGUGUGUCCAGCUGCUGCAGACCCCAGUGCUGCAUCUCCAGCUGUUGCCGCCCCAUCUGCUGCCAGACCACCUGCUGCAGGACCACCUGCUGCCGCCCAGCAUGCUCUAGUGGUUCUUGCUGCUGA